UUGAACAACGAUGUUUCGAAUGAGAGUGGUAGUGUUGGGGAACACGGUAUUGGAAAUGGUAACAGCAUUCGAGAAAGUAUCAGGAAAGAAAAUUCCACUGGUGAUGGCUGCCCGACGACCUGGUGAUGCUGAAACUGUGUAUGCAGCAAACGAGAAAGCAGAACGGGAAUUAAAAUGGAAGGCAAAAUAUGGCAUUGAUGAGAUGUGCAGAGAUCAGAAAUGGAGGGAGCAUCUAUCUUUGAAUAAAGAGUAGGAAUUAACUGAGAAGAGGAAUGCUUUGCAUUUUUUUCUCUGCUAGUUGAUGCUAUAGUUCAAUUCAUUCAUUGAUUAGUA